AUAAAAACAAACUCCGUCCCCAACAAACAAACACACCCCCCUCCACCAACGAAAAAAGAAUUUAGGGUUUCCACUUUUUAAUUUCCUUUUUUUUUCUUUUUCAUUUUUUUUCCAUCUUGAUUUUCUCUCUCUCUCUCUCUCUCUGUCAGCUUUGAUUUUCCUUCCCUCCUAACACCAUUGAAGCUGUUACCAUUUUCCCUCUUCCCAGCUUUGCUUGGUGAGAGGGGAUUGAUUUUUCCUCAAAGAAGAAGAAAUUAAAUAAAUAAAAAUAAAAAUAUAAAGCGUUUGAUUCUGCUUCUUUGGAGGUUAAUUUCCCGGGAAAAUUUGCCUCCUUUUCCAGUGUUCUCUCUCAGCUUCCACGGAGGAAUUUAUAUGGCUGGUGGGUGGAGUCAAAAGAGAAAGGAGGGAAACUUUCAUUGGAGGAUCUAAGAUUCAAGAGAGAGAGAGAGAACUCUAAUUUUUUUCAUUAUUUUUUGUUAGUAAAUAAUUAGAUUGCUUGAGUUUGAAUGCAUAUUGAUAUAUGGAGUCAGAAAUAUUUUCACCUCCAAGAGAUUUGGUGAAAUGUUGUGAUUGCGGUUGUACUACAUGUUCUUUGAUUGGUGAUCCUUCACGUACUUGGCUUCGGUCUGUGAAACGAAAAUAUGAUGAGUUUGAGACUGGAAAUGGGUUUUAUGUUCCUGGGUUGGAUCUUUAUUCCAAUGCCAGAGUCCAAAUUGAGAAUGAAUGUGCUGCUUUGCGGGAGACGGUUAGUAGCCAACAAGCAGCAAUACAGGAUUUGUAUGCAGAACUGGAGGAAGAGAGAAAUGCCUCAUCAUCAGCUGCAACUGAGGCCAUGUCAAUGAUAUUGAAGUUGCAGAGGGAGAAGGCAGAGAUCCAAAUGGAGGCAAGGCAAUUUAAGCGUUUUGCGGAGGAGAAAAUGGCACAUGACCAGCAGGAAAUAACGGUUUUGGAGGAUCUGUUGUAUAAGAGAGAUCAGGCCAUUCAAGCUCUUACUUGUGAAGUGCAGGUGUACAAGCAUAGGAUGAUGAGUUAUGGACUUACAGAGGCAGAGGCUGAAGGGGAGAAGGAUGUACAGAUCCGGAAUCUGGGUGUGGCUGAGAACUUUGGUGCCCAAGUUGAUCUUCCUGCAUAUGAUUAUCCUCCUCUAAAGUGCAAUUUGAAUGAGAAUCCUGGUGAUGAUGUUGAAGAUGUUGAGAAAUAUGCAUUUGGUGAGACCCCUCGUGCCCGAGAGCACUUGAGGAAUCUAGAACAAAGAAUCUGCCAAAUGGAGAGGAAUCCCAGCAGCAGUCAUCUAAGUCAGGUGGAUGGAGAUUUUCCUGGAACAAAGAAUGUUUUGGAGAAGGUGAUAGUUGGUCAUUCUCCUAGGCGACCUAGACAUUCAAGGAGGGUUUCAACUGAUAGUUUAAAUUCAGUCCUGGCUAAAGAGAUGGGUUCAGAGUUUACCAGUGAUUCUCCCAGGUUUAACAUUGGUUCUCCCAGGUUUAAUACUAGUUCUCCCAGGUUUAAUACUAGCUUCAAGAAGAUGGAGUUCGUUUCAGAAAUGGAGGAGAUUUCCAGCUCAAGAAGAAUGGAUAAUGCUUCAGAAGUUGGAGAUGACAUGAGUGACAGAGUUUAUACGAUUGAUUCUGUCCAUAAUGGAGUGCCCUAUAACGGAACUACGGAACCCAAACCUGGAGUUGGAAUAUGUGAUGAUUAUGCAUCCACUCCAAGGGAGACAUUGAAUCUGCCUGAUGUUAGUGAUCCUGAUAUCAAGAAGCUCUACAUGAGGCUUCAGGCCCUUGAGGCUGACAGGGAAUCAAUGAGACAAGCAAUAAUAUCAAUGCGAACUGACAAAGCACAGUUAGUAUUAUUGAAAGAAAUAGCUCAACAUUUGUGCAAGGAUAUCUCACCGGAAAGACGCGUGAUUGUGAGGAAGCCAUCCAUUCUUGGAAGCCUUCCAUUCAUGUCAGUCUUCAAGUGGAUCGUGUCCUUCGUUUUCUGGAAGCGGAAAGCUCGUCGAAACAAGUACCUGUAUGGAUUGUCAGCAAACAAUGUUGGCUUGCUAAUGCUUCUAGACAAGGGGCCUCGACUGAGGCAGUGGAGAUGCCUUUCAAGCACACAAGUGUGAAAGGGAUUCGAUCACUUCCAUGUCCAGAUGAAGCCUAUAAUUGCAACUGCGAAUGCUGAAUGGGUUUGAUGAAGCUAUAAAGUGUUUACUUUGCAUCCAUUUUUUAUGGAUUCCUGGGUGCUGAAUUUGGUAUAUUGUGCAGUGUUCUUUUAUUUCAUUUUUUUGGGAUUGAAUACGUUUUGCUGCUUGAUCAGCAAAACAUGGAUGCAUGUGAGCGUACUCGCUCAUAUAGUUUGUUGGAUUUGAGCUUGAGGCAUGUGUCAUUUGGCGAUCUUCUCCUGUAUAUGUCAGAUUCUUGUAUGAUUCUCAUUCAAGUAUGCAGUGUUUAUACUUGUCCAUUUCAAGCAAUGGUUAGUUCCAAA